UGGUCUGCUUUCCAAGCAGGAAGUCGUCGUCUGGCGGAGCCCCCUACGCUGUUGGUAGGUGUGUUGGCUUGCGAGAAGCAAGAAAAAGUCUUUUUUUUAGGGUGACAAGUUGCCCUUGAGGCCGAGUUAACUUGUUGGAGGACGCGCCUGCUUGAACUUGUCGUCCUCUGAAGUCGCGGCAUUCGGCAAAAGAGGAAGAAAUGGCGACAUUUUCCGGGUGACACUGGGUUUUCCAGAGAUUCGUUAAAACCGGCAGAGCCCACCAGCUACAGGUGUGGUUCCCGGUCUCAGACCAUGCACAGAGCCUCUUCAUAUCUGUAACAAGGACUUCCCAGUCAAGACCCUGUCCUUCUGAUCCCUCCCCUGACCUUUUGUGCCUUUCCAGGCCAUGCUCCGCAAGCGAGGUGCCCUCAUUCUGUGUGGUGCCUUAUUGUUCCUCAGUUUGAACGUCAUGAUGGUGGGCCAGCUGUGGGGCCGGCUGAGCGAAGAGGACGAGACCCCCACCAAUGAUGUGGUGGGCGACGUGCUCCGCAUGGCGGACAUGUUUGAGGCCGAGCUGGAGAUCCAAAAUAAAAUCCUGAUGCAGAUCCAAAACUACCAGAUACUAUGGCAGGGGCCUGAAGGCAAGAAGCUGAAGCAGGUCCUGCCUUGUCAGCCCGUCAUCCCCAUCCUGGUCAUGGCCUGUAACAGGGUCUCUGUGAGACGCUGCUUGGACAAACUGCUGCAGACGCGCCCCACAGACAAGCAUUACCCGAUCAUAGUAAGCCAGGAUUGUGGGCACGCAGAGACCGCCGAUGUGAUCCGCUCCUAUGGAAGUCUGGUCACUCAUUUGACACAGCCGGACUUGUCAGACAUCGCUGUGCCGCCAGAGCACAAAAAGUUUCAGGGGUACUACAAGAUUUCCAGACAUUACCGCUGGGCUCUGAGUCAGGUUUUCAAGGAUCAUUCGGCUGUCAUCAUUGUGGAAGACGACCUGGAGGUGGCGCCAGACUUCUUUGAGUACUUUGGCGCCCUGCUGCCGCUCCUGAAAUCCGACCCGAGCCUGUGGUGCGUGUCUGCCUGGAACGACAACGGCAGGGAUGGAUUUGUGGAUCCAGCGGCGGCCAGCCUGCUCUACCGGACGGACUUCUUUCCCGGCCUGGGCUGGAUGCUGCUCAGGGAGGUGUGGGAGGAGCUGGAGCCCAAGUGGCCUGCCGCCUUCUGGGACGACUGGAUGCGCCAGCCCGCGCAGCGCCGCGGUCGCGCUUGCAUUCGACCGGAGAUCUCCCGGACCUUGACCUUUGGCCGUCAGGGUGUGAGUCUCGGCCAGUUUUACGACAAGUACCUGCGGUACAUUAAACUCAACUCCCAGUUUGUGCCUUUCACCAAGCUUGACCUGAGUUACUUGAAGGAGGAGACGUACAGGAAGAGUUUCGAGAAAGAGGUUUACAGCGCUCCCAUGGUUACGUUUGAAGACGUCAAGCAUGGUCAGGGACACCUCAGGGGUCCCGGGCCGUUUCGCCUGCAGUACUCCAGCAAGGACAGCUUUAAAGUAUUUGCAAAGAACCUGGGACUCAUGGAUGACCUCAAGUCCGGAGUCCCAAGGACAGGCUUCAGAGGGGUUGUCAGCUUCUUUUCAAGAGGUCGGAGGAUUUACAUCGCGCCACCUCCAGGAUGGAAUCAGUAUGAUCCCACUUGGAACUGAUAAACAAGCCUUUUUUGUUGAGGAUCACACCAAAGACUGGUGCCCUUAUAUUUGAUUUUAAAUUUGUUUUCCAAUGACAAGUAGUAAUUUUAUGGGGGAAGGGAGUUCAUGCCAAUGCCACUCAGGUCUUUUUUUCCUGCUAAUCGUUUCAUAAAAUGUCGCCUAGCUUGACUAAACUGCUGUAAUUCACUAGAGAUCUAUUUUUAUACAGUACAUUGACAAAUGUGCACAUGACAUUCAUUUCAAAGGGUGCCACUUUAAAUUAUUUGCAAAUCUCUGGUGGCGUAUUUAUGUUGGGUACGACUAUGAAAACGUUCUGUAGUGGUGGUGGUCUGAGCCGUAAUGUUACUUUGUUCAUGUUUAUGUCCAUUUAUGUGGCAAAGAGUCGACUAAUUUUGUUGCUGUGUGUCAUAUAUUCCAUGCUACAGUGCAAACCAGAUGCUUUCUGUGAUUUGUAUUUUGGAAUAAUAAAAAAAUGAGACAAU